CUUGCAACCUUCCAGUUACUAGUCCAACGCUCUAAACACUAGGCUACCCUGAGCCCAUGCAAGGGCUCACCAUCCAUUAUAUCAACAUGUUUUGAGGAUACAUAGUGUUUGUUUCCAAACAUUGAAGUAAAACAAGCUUAUAUUUUGGGUUCCGAUGGAGUACUACAGUUGAACUAAGCUCAUGAGGUAUUUAAAAAGAUGUAGCAACUGCAGACUGUAUGUUUAAUGAACGAGGAAUACUGAAUCUGAUAUCUCUAACAUCCCAUAUCAGACAUGGCCUUCUCAUCUGCAGUCUCCAUCUCCAUCAACACCCCUGUCCUGAUUGAGCAGCACCUCAACUGCUCCAUCUGUCUGGGCCUGUUUAAGGACCCGGUCACCACCCCCUGUGGCCACACCUUCUGCCAGACUUGCCUGGAAUGCAACCUCCACUUCAAUGACCUCAUAUGCCCCAUCUGUAAGGAGCAUCUGAGGAGGAACCCACAGGUGAAUAUCAUCCUCAGUACUCUUAUUCAGGAGUUGAAAAAGGCCCAGGAGAGGAAGCCAGGGGAGUAUUCUGGAGCUCCAGGUGAGGUGGCCUGUGACGUCUGCACUGAGAGGAAGCUCAAGGCCCAAAAGUCCUGUCUGGUGUGUCUGGCCUCAUAUUGCGAGACUCACCUGGGCCCCCACACCUCAGCAGGCAGGCUGAAGGGCCACAGGCUGGUGGCCCCUGUGAAGGACCUGGAUGGGAGGGCGUGUCUGACCCACGGUCGUCCCCUGGAGCUGUAUAGCAGGGCAGAGGGGCACUGUGUCUGUGCCCUCUGUGUGGAGGAGGGUCACGAGGUCAUCUCCGUGGAAAUGGAGUGGGACAGGAAGAAGGGUAACCUGGAGAGCACCAAGGCUGAUAUUCAGGAGAGAAUCCUGGAGAGGGAGAGAAAGGUGGAGGAGAUCAGGGUGUCUGUGGAGCAGUGCAAGGCCCACGUGGACAGAGAGAGGAGGGAGAUUGACUCUGUGUUCAAAGCAGUGAUAGCAACUGUAGAGGAGACCCAUCUAGAUGCUCUCAGGCCCAUGGAGGAGAGGCAGCAGGAGGUGGAGAGAGAGGCAGGAGAACUCACCCAGGAGCUGAAGAGAGAGAUCAGAGAACUGAAAGAAACCAUUGGUCAAUUGGAGGAUGUUGCUGACCUCAAGGAUCACAUUCACUUCCUGCAGACUUUCCCAUCCCUGUCGGGGCUGGGUGAUGGCAGAGACUGGACUGAGGCCUCCAUUGAUACUACACUCUCCUUUGGCACCAUGAGAAGCAGCUGGUCGACCAUGAUGGAGAGAAUCAAGCACGAGCUGGAGAAGCUCUCCUCAGUUGAACUUGAGAGGAUCCUGAAGUUUGCAGUUGAUGUGACAUUGGACCCGGACACAGCAAACACACAGCUGAUUCUAUCUGAGGACGGGAAAGAAGUGAGAGAUGGAGGGAAGAUACAGGACAUCCCUGACUGUCCGCAUCGCUUCGAUCACUUCGGCAGCGUCCUAGGACACAACAAGCUAACCUCUGGGAGAUCAUACUGGGAGGUGGAUGUCGGGAACAAGACGGGUUGGGAUCUGGGAAUAGCAAGAGGAGAUGCCAACAGGAAGGGGAAGCUCUCUGUGAAUCCUACUAACGGUUACUGGGUUAUAGUGAAUUAUAAUGGUGCCAAAUACGGAGCCUUGGGGGACCCACCUUUUCUGUUGUCACUGAGAGAAAAGCCCCAGAAGGUGGGGGUGUUUGUGGAUUAUGAGGAGGGGUUGGUGUCUUUUUAUGAUGUGGAGGCUAAGGCUCACAUACAUUCUUUCACUGGGUAUUCCUUUAUUGGGGAAAUAUAUCCAUAUCUCAGCCCACAUCUUCUGAAUGGGGAGGAGAACUCAGACCCACUGGUCAUCACCAAAACAGGGUGAUGUCACGCAUUGCUCAGCCUUAUAGGUAAAAUACAUUCACUUCAGGUUAGGAUUAGGGCUACAGCUAGAGUUUGGGUUGGGUCGGGUUAGGGUUGUGGCGGUCACAAAAUUGUCAGCCGAUGAUUGUCAAGCAAAUAACUGUCGGUGUCAAGGUAGUUGACCGUUAAUUAACAAACACAUUUAGCAUCUCCUGGCUUCCACACAUACAAGCCACUGGUGCAGACCUUUGGAACGUUAACAUUUGAAAAAGUCUAAUAAGUCCAUGUAAUAUAGCCUACAAAUUCACAACAAAUCCAUUAUUUAUUUUAGACAGGUCUAAAGAAGCAUGAUUUUAGGAAAAUGUAGUCUAUUUCAGAAGAACAGAAUAGCAUACUUUGAUAUGUCCUUAUUUUAGGUCCUGAUCUGGCUAUGCCAAAUGGCUGUGGGCUACACUAGUUCAUUUAAAAGGCAUGAGCUCUGCUUAGUUUUUUGGUGCAGGCUGUACACACUACAUCAGUCACUCAUUCACAAUUUACAAGCACUUGAUGAUGCCUAGAAUUUUAGUGGCCGUAAUGCAUCCUAAAAAAUGUCAUGUCUUUUGCAGCCAGUUGCCAUUGUGCCCUUCUUCCUGAGUGCUGUUCGCUCUGAAUCACCUCUCACUCACAUGGCUCUCCAUCACUUGAUCAAGUCUUUCUCACAGGCUACAAGUGAAGGGGGACACAACUGCGCGCGUCCUUAUCCAAUUCCGAGGUUCAUAUUUAAGUUAUUGGAAGAACUGUCCACAUUUACUUUUCGUCAGCCAACAUGAUGAGUAGGCCUACCGAACAGCAAAAGCACUAGCCUAUGUCAAUCUACUAUCCCCCAUAGUGCAAAAGUCAACCUAUUUUGUUCUAUGCGAUAAAUAAAUAUUCCAAAACAACAGUCUGGGCCAGUUGUGGGAUGUGAUAGAUCCCAAAUUAAUACAACCACUAGCAUCAAAAAAACUUUUUUAUGCAAUAUGACUGACCCAACAGAUCAGAACUUUUAGCUUAAAAUGUUAGGCUAUUAGGCUAUUUCUUCACAUAAGCGCAGCAAUGCGCACAUGGUAGUAGGCUAUAAUUAGCGGAAAACACUUAUCAAAAGUGACUGCAAAUACAAUUAUGCUUGUAAUGCUGUUAUUACAAAGGUGCAUUUUUCUGGUGAAAAUUAUCUUACCCAAACUUUAAACUCACACGCUGCUUAUGUAUGUCUGUUAGGUUUUACACCCUGUGUAAAGCGGAUUAAUGUGCUUAGUUUUAAGAAGUUAUUUGGCAACUUUAGACUACAUGAGGUGUGCAACUAUGAUUAGAAAAAGUCGCAUAAAAAGUCAUUGUUUCUUAUGCUGGGCA